CUUAAAAAGGACGGACGGAACCAAGGGCCGACACUGGACAGCUGUGGAGUGAAGCGCAACCAAGGGGGACAGAGGUUGUGGUGCCUUAAGGAGGACUGAGCUGCACCCGUCCGCUCCUUGAUGCUGUACAGUCUAGCAGGUGGGGGCACACUGAGUGGUGUGGCUGCCCUGGUGCUGCUCAUCAUCUCCACGGCAACAGAUUACUGGAUGCAAUACCGAUACUCCGGCAGCCCAGCCAAUCAGGGGCUCUGGAGGUUCUGCAUCAAUCACAAGUGCCAUGCCCACACCAUUACUGUUGCCUUCUGGGAUGCGACGCGGGCCUUUAUGCUGCUGUCCGUUGUGAGCUGCUUCGCCGGCGUGGUCCUGGGCCUCAGUGCCUUCACCAACGGAACCAAGAGCAAGCUGGUGAGAUCUGGAGGGAUAGCGCUGUUGCUCUCUGGAUUCCUUGCCCUGUUAGCCCUGGCAAUUUACACGGGGGUGACCGUUCAGUUCUUUGGCAAGCGAUUCCUCGACUGGCGUUUCUCCUGGUCCUACAUCUUGGGCUGGGUGUCGGUUAUCUUGGCUUUUGCUGCAGGAUCGAUCCAGCUCUAUCUCUAUCAGAAGAACAUGGCGGAAACAUCUCCCCCCAGUGCCCCUGACAGCUAAACAUGCUAAAACUCACUUCUUAGCGAGACCUGCAGGAAACAAACCUACAUCCUCCAUGGAGUUCAAUCUGCCUCUUGAACGUAAAGCAGGCCGAGUCUGCAGACUAACAAUUUCUGGUAGAACUGUGAAAAAUAGGUUUUAUUACUAGAGACAGUUUUAUCUCUGCUUUCUCGAAUUUGCCAGGUGCAAUUAAAGGACAUGUGAUUUAUUUCCUCCUUCUUCUGUUACCUUCCUUCAUCACCCUCUAUCAGCUCAGUCAAACUGAACUGUAACUGAAGGCUGCAGACAUGCGCUGAAGGUUUAAAAAAAAAAAAAAAAAAA